GAUCAAACAACUCAAAAGGUCCUGCUCAAGGGAAGGUUAAAGAUGGUCUAUAUCAGUUUGAUCUCAACAAUCACCAGUUUCAGUCAUCUGUCACCCUUAAGGGUUUUUCCAGUUCUAGAAGCCACGAUGAAGUUAGUUUCAGUUUGAAUAAGGCUUAUGAGUUUGACUUAAGGCAUCAAAGGUUGGGUCAUGUCAGUCGUGAUGUAGUUAAGAAAGCUCUUGAAUAUUGUAAUGUUCUCUUUGUUAUUAAUGAAAAGGCCAGUUUAUGCAGUUCAUGUGUGAUGAGUAAAAGCCACAGAUUACCUUACUCACACUCAAGUUAUACAACCUCAGAACCCUUGGAACUCAUACAUAGUGAUCUGCGGGGGCCAACACCUAUCAAAUCUAGGAAUGGUUACUCUU